UCUACCAUCAAAAUCCUUAUCUGACGUUACAAUAGCUGGCAAAGUUCAACGCUUUGAAGAUAAUAUUGAUACCGAUGCCAUAAUUCCCGCUCAGUUUAUGCCUGGAAUUGAUGAUGAAGAUUUAGGUACUCAUGCAUUUCAACAUGUAAGACCUGAAUUUGUUAAAAAGGUGAAAGAAGGGUUCAAUAUUGUAGUUGGUGGUUCUGGAUUUGGAUCAGGAUCAUCAAGAGAAGAGGCACCAAGAGCUCUGAAAGGUGCGGGAGUAAAAGCCGUCAUCGCAAAAAGCUAUGCAUACAUUUAUAGCCGAAAUCAGCCAAAUAUGGCCCUCUUAGGGGUAACUGUAAAUGAUGAAGAAUUCUAUACACUUGCACAAGAGGGUGCUGAAGUGACGAUCAAUGUUAAGGAUCGAAUUGUUAGCUGUGGUGGAAAAACAUUCAAAUUCGGCCUAUCUGAGAUGGAAGAAAAAAUAAUUGCAUCUGGUGGUGUAACCGAAAUGUAUAAUAAAUACGGUAACAGACUGUUUAGGGCUGCAGUUGGAAAUGACACAGGGUCAAGCUGCUCUGUUGAAGCAUCAAAAG